AUGCCUGCGACCGGUGAUUACCACUAUCUCUCCUGGCCAAUUCAACAGCCAGCUGUGAAUGUGCCAUUCUUCGAUAUACACGCGUAUAAACACGUCAAUCUCGACGUACCACCAUCCAAAAAUCCACAAGGACAAGAUUUACCUCUCAACGAUGUCUCUACACUCAGAUUCUUCUUCAACUUAAGUGUACAACAAUCUCGCGUCGUUUUGUUGAAGCAACAUUUGAAUCAACAUCUUUCAUCAACAUCGCAAGGAUCGAAUUCUGAUCAACUCGAAUCACUUGCCCAGCUUUCACCUCAACAUCAUAUCCUACGCCAACAACAAAACAUCUUUGCUCAAGCUCAAGCUCAAGCUGCUCAUCAAUUGCAGUUGAACGCCGCUAGACAACAGCCCGUUCCACAAAUUGACCCUGUCACCUCACAUUCUUUAGUUCAACAGUUAGAACAAUUGCGAGUUCAAUCGUCUAAUCUCGAUCGCGUGAUGCAAGAUUUGGCUCUAGAAAGGGAGAAAUGCCAACGACUUUCAGAAGAAAACGGCCAAUUGAAGCAAGAAUUGGCCGCGUUGAGAAAGGAAAAAUUAGAGCUCGAGAAUGAGUAUGACAUGGAAAUGCUGAAUCUAAAGAUGCCGGACGAUUGCUUGCCUGGACUCGUUGCGCAGAUUAUGAAUCUCCGUUGUCGAUUCUAUAAGGCCCACUUGGUUUCGGAUCGAUUCCCAACUUUGAGU